AAAGUCGUGUCUGCAACGCACACACACAGACGCGUUUGUUAACGUAAAGCAACUCUGCUUUGGCAAAGUAAACUUUAUUUAUUUAUAAGCGCAGUAGAAACCCAUUAGCGUACAUUACUUUAUACAUUUAGAACAAUACACAACGUGAAAAUGACUGAAGUUGAAGCGGUGCAAAUUAUAGCGGAAUCGUUGAAGCAACAGGGCGUGGAGUAUGUGUUUGGCAUCAUUGGAAUACCCGUUAUUGAGCUGUCGAUGGCCUUCCAGGCGGCCGGCCUCAAGUACAUUGGCAUGAGGAACGAGCAGGCCGCCUGCUAUGCCGCCCAGGCCAUUGGCUACCUGACGGGGAAACCGGGCGUCUGUCUGGUUGUCUCCGGGCCAGGUUUGCUGCACGUUACGGGUGGCAUGGCCAACGCUCAGGUCAAUUGCUGGCCACUAAUUGUGAUUGGUGGCUCCACGAAUCAAGAUCAUGAGGGCAUCGGUGGCUUUCAGGAGUGUCCGCAGGUGGAGCUGUCGCGUCCCUAUUGCAAAUAUGCAGCACGUCCGCCCACUGCUGCUCUGAUACCGUUGCACGUGGAGAAGGCGGUACGUUAUACGACUUAUGGUCGUCCUGGCGUUGCCUAUUUGGAUUUCCCAGGCAACAUACUGCAAUCGAAAGCGGAGGAGUCGCGCAUCUACAAAGCACUGCCGCAUCCCGUUGCCCCACUGGCUUAUCCGCCACAUGAUGAUGUUAUCCGUGCCGCACAACUGUUGCGCCAGGCCAAGCGUCCCCUGAUCAUUAUUGGCAAGGGUGCUGCCUAUGCUCAUGCCGAGAAUAUAUUGCGCCAUUUCAUUGAUAACACAAAUCUACCGUUUCUGCCCACACCCAUGGGCAAGGGCGUGGUCCCCGACUCGGCGGCGCAGUGUGUCUCCUCGGCACGCACCUUGGCGCUGCAGCAGGCGGAUGUGGUCUUGUUGCUCGGCGCUCGACUCAAUUGGAUAUUGCACUUUGGACGCACGCCUCGCUACGAUAAGGAUGUGAAAUUCAUUCAGGUUGACAUUUGUCCCGAGGAGCUGCACAAUUCGGUUGUCGCAUCGGUGGCCAUUCAGGCCGAUAUUCGGCCCUUUGCCGAGCAGCUGUUCGAGCAGAUGAACGCUGUGAAUUUCCGUUUUGGCUACGAGCAGGCCUGGUGGAAACAGUUGGCAGCUAAAUGCCAAAAUAAUCGCGACACUGUCGCCCAGAUGUCUCUGAAUACAACGACGCCGCUCAACUACUAUGCAGUCUUCCAUCAUCUGCGCGAGCUGCUACCACGUGACACAAUCAUCGUUAGUGAGGGCGCCAAUACCAUGGACAUUGGUCGCUCCAUGCUGUUGAAUGAGCAGCCGCGUCACCGUCUCGAUGCCGGCACCUUUGGCACCAUGGGCGUUGGACCAGGCUUCGCCAUAGCCGCAGCACUCUAUUGUCGCGACUUUGCGCCCGGCAAACGGGUACUCUGCGUGGAGGGAGACAGUGCCUUUGGGUUCUCGGGCAUGGAAAUUGAAACAAUGGUGCGCUACAAGCUGCCCAUCACCAUUGUGAUUGUGAACAAUAAUGGCAUCUAUGGCGGGUUCGAUAAGGACACAUUUGAGGCCAUACGCAGCGAUGGUGAUCUUACGCAAAUCACACCACCAUCGGCGUUGGGCGUUCAGGUGCGCUACGAGGAGAUGAUGAAAAUGUUUGGUAUGCAUGGCUAUUUCUGCACCGAGAUCGAGCAAUUGCAAACCGCCGUUAAGGCCGCCAAUCGACUAACGGAUCGGCCCACAAUCAUAAAUGUGGCAAUAAGUCCAUCGUCAGAUCGCAAGCCGCAAUCCUUCAACUGGCUGACCGAGUCCAAACUGUAAUUUGUGUGAAUCGGCUUGACUUGUCUUUUUUUGAUAUAAGCAGCAAACAACGUUUACAAUUAGUUUUUAAGCAUAAAGCUCGGCGGCAUUCCCAAAUGAAUUUUCAAAUGCAUUUGUCACGAUAUUGUCUUUGUAUAUACACACGACACACACAACACACACACGACACACACAACAACACACACAAUGCCACAUUUUUUAUAUAAAGCCAACGAUUGUAGAAUUUGAAACGCAAAUAUUCUGUAUAACUAUAAAACAACAA